CUCAGCGUUCAGUCGUUUUCAAAUCGCAACGGCGGCGAGAGCGUUUGAAAAAAUACAAUAGUUUCGAUCUAACGACCCAACAGAAACGAAAUCGGGCAGAAACGAAAGCGUUUGCAACAGUUGUGAAUAUGUAUAUGAUAAUUACCACGCCGCAUUAAGAACGGCCACCCGUAAAGUUCAACCUACAACCUCUCUCCCGCAAUCAGAUCGAAAGGAGUUCUCCCCAACACCCUAAAAAAUAAAUAUAAUUAGCUAAAUUAAUAAUAAAACCAAAAAAGAAACAACAAACCCGAAGAUGAAGAUCUUGUGCUGCGGUGGAAACAACGGAUCCAUGGAAAUGGACUCCAAGAACCCCAAAAAGGGGGAGGAGGCAGUGGGCGAACAUUCCGGGCUGGGCGUCCGUCACUUCCAGGUCUUCCUGCUCUUCUUCGCCCUCACGGUGGCCUAUGCCCUCCGGGUGAAUCUCUCCGUGGCCGUAGUGGCCAUGACUGAUGCUGCCUCCGCGAAUCCCGAUUUUCCCGAGUACAAUUGGUCGGAACAGACGAAAUCCCUGCUACUGAGUAGUUUCUUCUGGGGCUAUGUGAUCACCCAAGUGCCAGCCGGUCAGUUGGCCCGCAAGUUCGGCGGCAAGAUCAUGAUCCUCACCGGACUAACCAUCUGCUCCGUCCUGACUGUUCUCACGCCUCUCUGCGCCAAGUGGGGUGGCUGGCAGCUGGUGUGCGCCCUCCGAGUGGUGGAGGGCCUGUGCCAGGGAGUGGUCUUCCCCUCGACCCACACGAUCCUCUCGAAAUGGGCGCCGCCCAAGGAGCGUGCCACUCUGGGAACUUGCGCCUACUCAGGAAACCAGUUCGGAACGAUCAUUAUGCUGGCCACCAGUGGAGUGAUUGCAGCCUCUCCUAUCGGCUGGCCUAGCAUCUUCUACAUCUCGGGAGGAAUCGGCUGUGUGUGGUCGGUGGUGUACUUCUUCUUUGGGGCCGGCUCGCCAGAGGAGUCCAAGAGCAUUUCGGCGGAGGAGAAGAAGCUCAUCGAGAUGUCCCACGCCAGCGAGGUGAGCAACACCCCGGAGGUGCCCAAGGAGCAGCUGCCGACGCCAUGGCUUGCGUUCUUCACCUCUCCCGCCUUCCUGGUGCUCAUUGUGGCCCACUCCGUCCACAACUGGGGCUUCUGGACCCUGCUCACCGAGAUUCCCAGCUACAUGAAGAACAUCCUCGGCAAGGACAUCAAGUCCAAUGCCCUGCUAUCCUCGCUGCCUUACAUCUGCAUGUUCGCCAUGUCCUUUGUGUUCUCGGCCAUCUCCCAGCAGCUGAACAACCGCAACUGCAUCUCCACCGUGACUAGCCGGAAGCUCUUCAACUCCAUUGGCCUCUGGAUCCCCAUGGUCACCCUCAUCGGCCUGGCCUACGUCGACCCCGAGCAGUCCGAGUUGGCGGUGGUGCUGCUCUGCUUCACCGUGGGCAUGAACGGCGCCACGUACCUGGGCUACAACAUGAACCACAUCGACCUGUCGCCCAACUUUGCCGGCAUUCUGAUGGGCAUCACCAACUGCGUGGCCAACAUCAUGAGCAUCAUUGCCCCACUUAUCGUAGGAUUCAUUGUCACAAAUGAGCAUGAUCCUUCGCAGUGGCGAAUUGUGUUCUUCAUCGCCUCCGGCUUCUACCUGGUGGGUAACACGCUCUAUGUGCUCUUCGGCAAGGCGAAUAUCCAGCCCUGGAACGAUCCCCCGGCCAAGCCCCGUCGCAACUCCACUCCCCAGAUCGAGUCGCAGCAUUAAAUGCCUGCUCAGUGGGUUGCAUUUAGUGAUGACUGGGACAAGAAACUCCAAGUCCAAGUCCAAAACCAAGUCCAAAUCCAAGUCCAAACUGUCAAUCCUAUACUAUCCAGUGGCGAUGCAUUCUCGCAUCGCCCGCGUGUAUAUUUGUAAAUUGUAUUUCUUUAAAUGUAAUCUUUGCAUUCCCCCUAAGUGUUAAGUUUUAGUUAGUACCGAAAUAUAUAUAUAAGGUCAACCAACCGAGAGAAGAACAAUAAAAAGAUAUUCAUGUUCAACAUGUGGAAAUGAAA